AUGACCAUUAAGUCGGUAAUCCGAAACGUUGAGCCAAACCUCACAAUAACAAGAGACUUGGUAGAAGACCAGGUUGAGCCAAACCUCACAAUAACAAGAGACUUGGUAGAAGACCAGGUUGAGCCAAACCUCACAAUAACAAGAGACGUGGUAGAAGACCAGGUUGAGCCAAACCUCACAUUGACGAGGGGCUUGCUGGAAGACCAGGUUGAGCCAGAACUCACAAUAACAAGAGACGUGGUAGAAGACCAGGUUGAGCCAGAACUUACAAUGACAAGAGACUUGGUAAAAGACCAGGUUGAGCCAAACCUCACAAUAACAAGAGACUUGAUAGAAGACCAGGUGGAGCCAAACCUCACAAUAACAAGAGACGUGGUAAAAGACCAGGUUGAUCCAGAACUCACAAUAACGAGAGACUUGGUAGAAGACCAGGUUGAGCCAGAACUCACAAUAACAAGAGACUUGGUAGAAGACCAAGUUGAGCCAAACCUCACAAUGACGAGGGGCUUGCUGGAAGACCAAUUUGAGCCAAAUUUCACAAUAACAAGAGACUUGGUAGAAGACCAGGUUGAGCCAAACCUCACAAUAACAAGAGACGUGGUAGAAAACCAGAUUGAGCCAGAACUCACAAUAACGAGAGACGUGGUAGAAUACCAGGUUGAGCCAGAACUCACAAUAACAAGAGACUUGGUAGAAGACCAGGUUGAGCCAGAACUCACAAUAACGAGAGACUUGGUAGAAGACCAGGUUGAGCCAGAACUUACAAUAACGAGAGACGUGGUAGAAUACCAGGUUGAGCCAAACCUCACAAUGACGAGGGGCUUGCUGGAAGACCAGGUUGAGCCAAACCUCACAAUAACAAGAGACGUGGUAGAAGACCAGAUUGAGCCAAACCUCACAAUAACGAGAGACGUGGUAGAAUACCAGGUUGAGCCAAACCUCACAAUAACAAGAGACGUGGUAGAAGACCAGAUUGAACCAGAACUCACAAUAACAAGAGACUUGGUAGAAGACCAGGUUGAGCCAGAACUCACAAUAACAAGAGAAGUGGUAGAAGACCAGGUUGAGCCAAACCUCACAAUGACGAGGGGCUUGCUGGAAGACCAAUUUGAGCCAAACCUCAUAAUAACAAGAGACGUGGUAGAAGACCAGAUUGAGCCAAACCUCACAAUGACAAGAGACGUGGUAGAAGACCAGAUUGAGCCAAACCUCACAAUGACGAGGGGCUUGCUGGAAGACCAGUUUGAGCCAAAUUUCACAGUGAAGAGAGACGUGGUAGAAGACCAGGUUGAGCCAGAACUCACAAUAACGAGAGACUUCUUUGAAGGUGGUUAUAUUUGA